UACUAAUCUUGUAUCCGUAGAAGAAGAAGAAGAGGAGGACGAAGGCAGCAGCGGGACCGGACCGGAGCAGCAGCAGUUAUGGCUAAAAGUGAUGGAGCCGCUUACUUUAAAAGAACCAGUCUCUUCUGGAUUGUGUUCGUGAGCCUGGGGAUUUCAUAUUUCACUUGCAUUGUGUUUGCGCCAGAAAAAAUCCCGUUCGAGUACCUCGGCGUGUUCGGCAGCUUCUGCAAACACCUCGUGGAUAACUAUGCUGGCAUCAUGUACAAAGGGUGGUUGGCAACCUGGGCCAUUCAUGUCCUGGAGGCCUGCAUUUCACUGAGAGUGUGCAGUACCAAAGGUAUCAAUGACACGGCCACUCGCUUCAUGUGGUUCGUCCAGACUUUCCUGUUUGGCUUCGCUUCCCUCGGCCUGCUCAUCAAGUACAACCCUGAGCGUCCCAAACACCACUGAUGUCAGCGAGACAAGCCUGCAGAACAACACAACUGAAGCUAAACAAUCAGUUGCUUUCUGGUGCCUCUUCUUCCUUUUCUACUGUUUGAUAUAUAGUCCCACUGACGGACAUGCAAUGGAGCCUUUUCUAAGCCUUUUCUGAGUCUUUUCUUCUACAGAGUCUCUGUGAACAAGAGCAUUCAUGUCAUUGAUGCAAACACUACACAUUUUCUUAUUUAGUUUACACUAUAAUAUGUAAGCUUUAUUCCUGUGAUGGACCAACAUGACUGUUUCAUUCCAUAUAUUGUCUGUAAACAAAGCUGAAGGACAACUGUAGCACUUAUUAACAAUGAACAAAAUAGUUAGUAUAUUUAUUGAUAAUGAUAAUAACAGAAGUUUUUUUUGUAGUCACAAUAGAUCUCCUCAUCAAUCUGCCCUGAUGUGAACUUUUAGUGCAGUACGUGGGGAAUCUUUCAUGAAAUAGUUUUGUGCUCAUCAUGUUUACGUUCAGCCUGGAUGCUGGAAGUGAGGAUAUUUCUUCAGCUGCUAGAAUGAACAUAAUGUCAGACAGGUUGGCUGCAGAUGGUAUGCUGCCAUCAGCUUCAAAAGUCCUCCAGGAUAAAAAUAAAGAGAGCUGCUGUCACAUUUGCCUUUCUCUUCCUGAAGUGCUUUAACUUUAAGUUUUAGACUACAUACUGGAAGUCUUAAUGUUAACACUAAAAAAUAAAGUGUGACUUACAAACUGGA